CUGGUACGACGGCUGCGUGAGGCCAUGAUCAAAUGCAUCGUCCUGAGUGGAAUCCCCAGCGUGAUGGAAGCAAUUGCUUCAGUUGCUGCAGUAGAGCAAGACCAAGACCAAGAUCAUAGCAUACUCAGGCAGCAUGGCGAGUCAGACCAGGUCCUUCAUCGCCGCGGCGUCGAUGUACUAGAUACCUUGUUUAGAGAUGACAGCAUAAUAAUUGGUUUAACGCUUGGAUCUCACAAGGAAAUAUCAUGGAUCUCGAUUCAUUUAUCAUACGGAUACUUCCUCGCCGAGCAUCGAAUCCUUGAUAUUGUUGAGACAGAGCUGGUUGUUUUGCCAGCUAUCAUGGCGCAAAACCUAAGAGAGCCGACUCGCUGGCAUAUCCGGGCAUGUAUGAGGGUGGGGUUGACACGGGAUGAGAUCAAGAAUAUUCAAGAGGCUACUCGGCUCAUUGCUAGACACGCAGGUCUAGGUCUAGAGGACGCGGAGAGCGUUGAGGACGUCGAAGAUCCAUAA